AUGUCAAAUCAUCCAAUUUUAACUAUAAUAUUUUAUGGUAUUUCAAGUAUAUUAGAUGCAUUUGAUGGUUAUGCAGCAAGAAAAUUUAAUCAAGGUACAAAAUUUGGUGCAGUAUUAGAUAUGGUAACUGAUAGAUGUGCUACUUCAAGUUUAAUUGUUUAUUUGGCAGUUAUAUAUCCUACAUUUACUGUAAUAUGGCAAUUAUUAAUUAGUUUAGAUUUAGCAUCUCAUUAUAUUCAUAUGUAUGCUAUGUUAUCAGUUGGUUCAACUUCACAUAAAAAUGUUGAUCAAUCACAAUCUAAAUUAUUAAGUUUAUAUUAUACAAAUAAAAAAGUAUUAUUUGUUGUUUGUGCAUUAAAUGAAUUAUUUUAUAUUGCAAUUUAUUUAUAUUAUUAUAAUUUCAUUUGGGUUGGUUUAAUUAUGGGUGUUUUAAGUGCUCCAAUUUGGUUAUUUAAACAAAUUGCUAAUGUAAUUCAAUUGAAAAGUGCUUCUUUAAUUUUAGCUAGAAUGGAUGUUGAAGAACAUAAUAAGAAAUUAAUUGUUGUUGAAGAAUUUAAAAAGGAUUAG